UGGCACUGGCUCUCCUGGCUCCCACGGUGCCACCUCGAGCAUCUCAGUGCCACAUGCCAGUUGCCCUCCUUGGUGCACGCCGCGCGGUCGGGCUCGAGGACCCAACGCCGCGCCGCCUCCCGCACUGCCGCCAGCUCAGCGCACUCUCGGCGCAGUGGACAGAGCGAACGCCCACGCAGCCACGCCGUGAGCGCGCAUCGCCCGAGGGCGUGAUUCAGCGUUUGCGAGAUGAGUGACGAGUGACAUCGAACACGCGAGCGGAGACACCAUGCGUGUGCGUGUUGUUCGUGCGGCGACCAGACUCCCAGAGAGCGUGCGUGCAGCGGCGGCGGCCACAGACUGCGUCUUCAUGCCGGCAUUUCACAGGGCGACGCAAGCUAGCCGCCGUUGAGAGACUGGCUGGCGUUGCAAGUGACAGCGUGCGUGCGUGUAUCUGUUCACCCGCAUUCCUCCAUUGCAAGCACAUACAUCUUUCUGCCUGGAGAGUGACUGCUCUUGACAAAAGUGAGUUUAAACAAUAAGUACAAAAAAAAAAGAAACAUCACAUCUGGUGCUAGAUAACGAAGAAAAAAAUCCACGCUCUUGCAACUUGGCUUAAUGUUAUUCCCAUCACCGUUUGCAACUUUUCAACACGACACUUUGGUUCUUGAGACGUGACUGGCCGUAAAGCAAGGGCGAAGAUUAAGAAGAGAGAGAGGAAUGCAUGAGACAAGAAAGAGAAGCAAAACAUGAUGUCUUCGAGAAACAUGGACAAGAAAUUCGUCUUCUUCUUGUGUCUUCUCUGGCAUGUGGAUCAAGGAACCCCCAUGGCGAUUAACGAGAUCACCGUGCUAGAAGGGCACUCGGCUGACCUCCCCUGCGUGACGACCCCGCGCGACUACCCCGCGAAGACUCCGGACGACCCCAACGCACGACCGAAGCUUAUUCUCUGGUAUAAGGAGGGCAUUAAGAAGACGCUGUAUAGCUACGACGGUCGCACCCCGGGGAACGAGCGCCACUGGUCCCCCCGCCGUGGUCUCGGGGGCGCCCUCAACCUCACUCUCCCGGCCACGCCCUUCGCACGCCCGCAACUCGCCUUCCUCAACAUCGCCCACGUCCACGAAACGGACGCGGGCCUCUACAGGUGCCGCGUGGACUUCCGAAAAGGGAGGUCCGUCAACACCCACACCCGCCUGGAGGUCGUAGCACCGCCCACCGCUCCUGUGGUCGAGGUGUGGGCGGCCGGGCGGAAGCUGCACACCACCAAUGACUCUCCUGCAGCCGUCGUGGAAGUCGACACCGAGUUGACACUCCGUUGUUCUGCGUCAGGAGGGCGCCCUUCGCCGACCGUAACCUGGUGGCGCGGAGGGCAGAAGCUCCUUGGCAGCAUAGACAAAGGAGAGGACGGCCUCAUCACCAACUCUGUGGCAGUGAGAGUUAGGCCGGAGGAUGCCCAGGUGCCCAUCGUGUGCCAGGCGUCCAACACGCACCUCGUUCCGCCCCUGAGAAGACCUGUCAUGAUCCAAGUCAUGUCCCCGCCUCAGUACGUACGUAUCUUCGGCGCGGACCAGGUCAUGUCGGCCGGAGACACGUACACCGUCGAGUGCAAGAGCGUGGGAGCGCAGCCGCCGCCCGUGCUUUCCUGGUCCGUCGCCGGCGAAGCGCCUGGGCGUGCGCAGUCGUCGACAGAUUCCGAGGGCGUGACUGUCAGCCGCCUAAGGUACAACGGGGGCGUCCUCUCCACCCACGCCCUCCCGUCGUCCUGGUCCAUGGCAGAUUCUGUGCCUCUGCAAAUUAUGUACAAGCCCGAGGUGCAGCUCGAGCUCCAGAGGAUCACCCUCAGCGGCUCCUCCUCCCCGCCCGCCUCCUCGAGCUCCGAGGACGACCAGCACGACCGGCCCAGAGUCGUCCCCUUCACGCCCUCCGAAGCGAUCGCAUGGGCGUGGCGAUAGGCGCGGGCGUGGUGCUGCAGUGCAACGUGAGAGCCAACCCGCCCGCGCACCACAUCACCUGGUAUCAUGAGGGCCUCCCGCUGACCCCCGGCUCGCGUCCUGGGGUCGUCGUUGGCAACAUGAGCGUGGUCGUCCCCAGGGUCUCGACGGAGGACGCGGGGGCCUACGCCUGCACGGCCCACAACACCGAGGGAACCGCCAGGAGCAAUGCCAUUCAGCUCUUCGUUAGACAUGGGCCGCAGUGCCGCCGGUCCACCGCGCAGGUGGUGGGCGUCCCCCGCCACCACGCCGUCAACAUCACGUGCGAGGUGACUGCUUACCCUCCGCCCACCGCCUUCACGUGGGCGCUGCGUUCCUCCCGGGGCGUGCUGCCUGUGCCGGCGUCCAUGGUGCGCUCGGAGGGCACCGCGUCCUGGAUGAGCUACACGCCCCGAGCCACGGUCGACUUCGGGGAGCUCCUGUGCUGGGCGAGC